CCAUCAUACGCAGUUGUGUCCCUUUUAAUGAUUUCAUAUGUAGGUGACCCGCUUACAAAAUACCCUUUCACAUACUGUAGUUGUACUUGGUAUAAAACAAUAAUGUAAUAAUAGUGUCUAAAAAGCAGCUUUUUUAACUAUAUUUGAUUCAAAUAAUGAGGAUAAAAGCCUUGAAUACUUAGAUAAAUAGAUCAAAGUAUAGUAUAUUUUAAUAAACGUGUAAUCUCCUCCUACCAAACCUUUUUUUUUUUCCAAGUGUUGUGCUCCCUUCAUUUGAAUAGAGGCAGUAGAGGCUCCACCCCAAGAGAGUUGAAAGGCUAGAAGACCACAAAGAUGGAAAAGGCCAGCCCACUGAGGGAGGGAGAAAAAAACUGCUCCGGUUCCUCUGCCAUAAUUUCCUAUCAGCCUAUUCAGACAACAUCACCAGCAGCUUGGUCUGUGCGUGUGUGUGUGUGUAUGGGGGCAAAGCAGAGAGCGAGAGAGAGGCAGCGUGUGAGAGGCAGAGAGAGAGAGCGACACAGAGAGAGAGAGAGAGAGAGAGCAGUGAAGGGGGAGGCUCCGUAUUCUUUCACCUACCCCCCGUCAAACCACAGGAAGGAGGGGCCGGACCCUAAGCUGCCAAUCAAGUCCGCUCAUGGCAGCCGGCAUUAUCUCAGCAACAAACUAUUGACAGAUUACAUGUCAAGGAGUUUAGUGCAUGAUUGAAGGAAGCCUUUUUUUUUUUAGUCUAGUUACUUUUCCGCUUUAUUUCCCCCUCCACCGACCAACAUUCGAAUGACUUUCUGACAGAGUUGAGUCAUAUUAUGAAAGUUACAUGUCUGAGAGGAUUUAACUUCGACUUCCCUGAAUAUGCUGAAAGGAGUUUAUGCACUGAAACGACCUCAGGAAAAUCCAAGAUGGCCGCCAAAAGGAAAGGUGGCCUAAAACUCAAUGCUAUCUGUGCCAAGCUGAGCCGCCAGGUGGUGUACGACACCAGCUCCCAGAAUGCAGAGGGAGACCAGAGUGUAGCAGAAAACAGCGAGCGUGGCAGUUCCCACUGCGAUGACAAUGAGACCAACUUCCCCGAGAGCCUGAACCUCAGUCAGAGUCUAGAGGAGGACCAGAAGAGACGCGAGGCCAUCGAGAAGUGGGUGAACGGCGAGUAUGGCGACGAGCCGCCGCCGCCUCCCGCCGACGAACACGAGCGUGAACUCAAAGUCGGCAAUGACGAAGACGGCCCCCCUGAGGGCGUGUACAUGGUACGCCCCACGGGCUGCAGCGAUGACGAGGACAACGCGGAGGAGGCCGAGCCGGUGGCGGGCUCUCAGGAUGGCAGUUACCAUGAUGGCAAAGAAGCUGAAGAUAGGCCUUCAAAAGACAACACCUACAUGCCGCCGCGAGAGGCCCAGAGUCGCCAAGCACCUUUCUCCUCUACAGGAGAAGCAUCUGCCCUGCGAGACUAUGCAGCCAACACCAUGAAUGAAUUUUUGGGAAUGUUCGGUUAUGAUGACCAGCAGGUAAGGGAUGAGCUGACCAAGAAGAUCAGCUUUGAGAAGCUCAAAGCCGCUACCUCAGACCCCUCAUCCCUCAGCAGUGAGGAGGCCUCACGGCGUGCCCGCUUCUCAAAGUACGAAGAGUACAUCCGUAAGCUAAAAGCCGGCGAGACCCUUCCUUGGCCCAUGCAUGCUUCCCCACCAAAACCAGACAACCUCAACCCAAAACUGGCCCAAGACAAGAGCGCUAGCAUGCUCCAGACCUCUGGGUGCCUCCCAGGGGCCGAGGCACAGAUCUAUCCCGCCAGCCUGGACCACAAACAGCCGGGAGGACCUCAGCUGGGCACUUCUCAGCCACCGAAUCCCUCUCACAUCCAGAACAUGGCGUCCCGAGCCUCCAAGUAUGACUUCUUUAUUCAGAAGCUGAAGAUGGGUGAGAGUCUACAGCAGCAGAACGGUAACGCUUACAAGCGACCCUCCAAGUACGACCUCGAGAACGUCAAGUUUCUGCACCUCUUCAAGCCUGGUGAGGGCAACCCUGACAUGGGCGGCUCCAUAGCCUUCAAGACUUGCAAAGUGGGCCGCCCUUCGAAGUAUGAAAUCAGAACAAUUCAGAAGCUGAUGCCGGGAAAUCCAGAGGCCUCAAUGAUGCCCAAUGUCCUCGCUACAGCACCAGGGAACCCAGGAGCUCCUGGUGUCCCAACCGUGGGCGCAGCUGGGGCCAGCAUCGCCCCAGGGCUCACAAUGGACCAGACAGGACAAAUAAGCUUCAAUGCCGCUGACUACCUGAAGUCCAGUUUUUCCAAGACUGACUCCAUCACCACGGGCACUGUGUCCUCUGUUAAGAAUGGCCUGCCACCAGAUAAACCCGCCAGCGAUGACAUCAACCUCUAUCAGAAAUAUAUUGCCAGAGACAAAAACAUCAGGGGAGGGGAGGUAUCUUGCUUUUCAAUGGACACAGAACAAUGUCCCCCAUUCCGGAUUGAUUUUGAGCCGACACUAGAAAGGUUCUCCGGAAGUCAGCACUGUGGACACGUGCACUGUGCCUACCAGUACAGAGAGCAUUACCACUGCAUGGACCCUGAGUGUAACUACCAGGUGAGCAGGUUUACCAGUAAGCAGGAUGUAAUCAGGCACUACAACAUGCACAAGAAGAGGGACAACUCUCUGCAGCAUGGCUUCAUGCGCUUCAGCCCUCUGGACGACUGCAGUGUCUACUACCAUGGCUGCCACCUCAAUGGAAAAAGCACCCAUUACCACUGCAUGCAGGUGGGCUGCAGCAAGGUGUACACCAGCACCUCUGACGUCAUGACCCAUGAAAACUUCCAUAAAAAGAAUGCCCAGCUGAUCAACGAUGGCUUCCAGAGAUUUCGUGCCACUGAGGACUGUGGCACAGUAGGCUGUCAAUUCUACGGGCAGAAGACCACACACUUCCACUGCAGGCGCCCAGGAUGCACAUUCACCUUCAAGAACAAGUGUGACAUCGAGAAGCACAAGAGCUACCACAUCAAGGACGAUGCCUAUGCCAAAGAUGGCUUCAAGAAGUUCUACAAGUAUGAGGAGUGCAAGUACGAGGGCUGCGUCUACAGCAAAGCCACCAACCACUUCCAUUGCAUCCGAUCGGGCUGCGGCUUCACCUUUACCUCCACUAGCCAGAUGACCUCUCACAAGCGCAAACACGAGCGCCGGCACAUCCGCUCCUCCGGUGUCGUGGGCCUCUCCUCCGCCUACCUGACGGCAAAGGAUGAGCCGGAGGAGUCGAGCAACGACGACCUGAUGGACUUCUCGACCAUCAGCAGCAAGAACUCCAGCCUGAGUGCCUCGCCCACCACCCAGCAGUCCACCUCUGUAUCGCACCUGUUGGCCACGCCCACCACCGCUGUCUCCUCCUCCUCUACAUUGAGCCAUGCCCUCAAACUCACAUCCUCGAUGACCAGUGCAGGCCAGCGUAUGUCCAGCCUGCUGUCCCAGGCCCUGCCCAGCAACAUGCCGGUGGCCCUCGCUCUUUCCAACAGUGCCAUGGGCGGCUCCCACCCAUUUUUCCCCCUCAUCCCGAGGAUGCCUCUCCAACCACCUCCGCCGGCCGCUAGCCUGAUAUCGGCUGUAUCUUCUGGGGCUCACUCCAUGCCCACCGACUCACUGACCCAAGGUUGCUCCACAGUGGGUGCAGACGGAGCCAUGGCCUCUACCCCAACAUCCUACGCCACCUCCUCCAUCAUGGAGAAGAUCUCGGCAAGCAAAGGGCUGAUAUCACCCAUGAUGGCCAGACUGGCAGCUGCUGCCCUGAGGCCCUCCAACAACCUCCACCUAGGGAACGGGCAGCCGGCUUCAGCAAGCCACUUCAAUCUGGUUCAAGUGAAGCAGGAGCCGAUGGACGUCAACUCCGGGGCCACCCAAGACUCCACGCAGGAGCACAGCCUGGACCUGAGCAAGAAAGACCACAGUAAUGAAUCAAACGGACACCCUGUACCAGGGAAUACAUCUCUUUUAUCCUCGCUUAUGAAUAAGAUGUCACAGGUGAACCCUGCCCUGUUCAACGCCAUGCACCUGAAGACAGAGCUGGAGGCCAGCCAGGGAGGCAACAGCUCGGAGGCAGCACAGUAUCUGAACAGAGUGCUGAAGAGGCCGCUGCCAGAAAAAUCCGCCGAGAUCUGGAGGACAUACCUCCGCAGGUUUGACACAGACGACUUCUGUGAGGCUCAGUGUGACUUCCUACAGAAAGUGCACUUUCACUGCAUGGUGGAGGAUUGCGGUGCACUCUUCAGCACUGUGGAUGGGGCCAUAAAACAUGCUAACUUCCACCUCCGCGCCACCUUGAACGUGAAGUCAGAGCCUCAGUUUGGUGAGGGCAAGGACUCCGGUGAGGGGGCCUCGCUGCAGCCCGCUGCCCCCGUCUCUAUGGCCAACAACCCCUCCAUGGAUGUGGCACACCUCACCUCCUCUGGUGGCUACAGCUCCCCGCCUCCCGCCCUGCUGGCCUGGAAACAGCUGACUGGCAGCAUCCCUCAGAUGCCGGCCUCGAUGCCCAACCUGCCGGCCAACUCCCUUCUGGCCACCACCUCUCUGGAGAAUUCUAAACCCCAAGUCAAACCUGGUUUCCUGCAGUUUCCAGAAAAUGAUCCCUGUUUGGCUACUGACUGCAAGUACAGCAACAAGUUCCACUUCCACUGCUUGUUUGGGAAUUGCAAGUAUGUGUGCAAGACAACUGGCAAGGCCGAGUCCCACUGUUUGGACCACAUCAACCCCAACAACAACCUGAUCAACGUCCGCGACCAGUUUUCCUACUUCUCUCUCCAGUGUCUCUGUCCCAACCAGCACUGCGAGUUCAGAAUGAGGGGCCACUAUCACUGUCUGCGGACCGGCUGCAGCUUUGUCACUAACAUCACCACCAAGCUGCCAUGGCACGUGAAGAAGCACGAAAAGGCAGAACGCCGCGCCGCCAAUGGCUUCAAAUAUUUCACCAAGAGGGAGGAGUGUGGGAGGCUGGGUUGUAAGUAUAACCAAGUCAACAGCCACUUCCACUGCAUCCGCGAGGCUUGCCAGUUCUCCUUCCUGCUCAAGCACCAGAUGACCUCACAUGCACGCAAACACAUGAGGCGGAUGCUCGGGAAGAACUUCGACCGAGUCCCAUCCCAGGUGAUGCCGCUGGGCCAGAGGCCAGAUGGAUCUGGCAUGAUGGGGACCCAUCCUGGUAUGAACUCCAACUUCUCGUCCGCCAUGAUGGACGAGACUGAUGAUUACAUGGACUACAUGGGAGGAGGGGGCAGCCCCUUGGGCCUCUCCUCCGAGUCCUCCAACCAGGACCGGAGCUGCUCCAGCACACCUGUAGGCGAUGGUUCUCCAGCAGGACAAGGCUGGUUCGCCACCACUUCUGCUCCUACCACCCCUGCUGACACUAGCGCAACCCAAAAUGCAUCUCCUUCUUCCCCGCCUCCUCCACCACCACCACCUCUUCCUCACUUCGCUCCUCAGCCUGGCCUCCAGUCCCAGGUCCCAUCCCUCUCUCCCGCUCUCCUCCGACCUCCUCUGUCCUCACUCCCAUACCUCCUCUCUCCAUCCUGUCUGUCAUACUCUCUGCUCAGCGCCUCUCUGGGAGCCACUCGGAGUGUUGUCAUGCCAACCAACACACCAGCUUUCAGCCCCAUCAUUGCCACUCCGUCUCCGGUUAGAAAUGACGUCCCUAUAGUGCAGGAUGCUGCAGGCAACACCAUCUCCAUUCCCACGGCCACCGGUGCAAAGAAGCGCUUUUGGAUCAUCGAGGACAUGUCACCAUUCGGCAAGCGCCGCAAGACCCCGUCGUCACGUAAGAUGCUGGAUGAGGGGAUGAUGCUGGAGGGCUUCAGGCGCUAUGACCUCUACGAGAACUGCAAGGACCCGGGCUGCCAGUUUUCUCUGAAAGUGACCCACUACCACUGUACACGGGAGAACUGUGGCUACAAGUUCUGCGGCCGCACCCACAUGUACAAGCAUGCGCAGCACCACGACCGCGUGGACAACCUGGUCCUGGAUGACUUCAAGCGCUUCAAAUCCUCACUCAGCUGCAGCUUCCCUGACUGCCAGUUUUCAGGCAACAGCACCCACUUCCACUGUCUGCGCUGCGGCUUCCGCUGCACCGACAGCACCAAGGUGACGGCCCACCGCAAGCACCACGGCAAGCAAGACGUGAUCACCGCCGCUGGCUUCUGCCAGUUCAGCUCCAGUGUCGAUUGUGAGGUUCCCGACUGCAAAUAUAAGCUCAAGUGCUCGCACUUCCACUGCACCUUCCCCGAGUGUAAGCACACGGUGGUGGGCAUGUCCCAGAUGGACUCCCACAAGAGAAAGCACGAGAAGCAGGAGCGUGGCGAGCUGCCGUCUGUGUCGCCCAAACAGGAAGGGGUGCACCACCUGGGAGGAAGCCUGUCUGCGGUCCCUCUGAUCUCCAUGGGUCUUUCUUCUUCUUCCCCCAGUGGCGUCCACUGUUUGUCCCGCAGCAUUAACAGCAGCGCUCCCUCCAUGAUCUAUCCAACAGGUAGCAUCGGGUCAGAGUAUAACCGCCUGUACCCACCGUCCUCCAUCAGCCUGGACGGCUCCCUCAACCUGGGCACCGACACCAGCAGCUCCCUGUUCUUCCUGAAGAACGCCGCCGGUCUGGGUCUCAGCGACUCACUGGACCUCAGCAAGAAAAUGCACGAAGUGGUGCGGUCCAGCCACAACAACCCGGAACCGCUGCUGGGUCUGCCGGCAGCUCAGGACGACACCACAGGAACGUCCGGAGAGGCCGAGGAUGACCUGUCGCCAGAGGAGGAGGCGCACGCAGAGGAGGAGGAGGAGGACGAGGAGGACGAGGAGGAGGAGGAUGAGGCAGAGCUCAACAGUGACUCGAAUGACGAUUCGAUGCCGGAGCCUGAUGGUGAAAAGGACAAUGGCGAGAGUUUUGAUGCUUCUGAUAACCACACUGAUACUUCCCAACUGGAAAAGAAAUGAAAGAAAAACUACCAGUGACUGUAGGGACUGAAGAAAUACUCUGUGUACUAUGAACAAACAAGAAUGAAAGCGGCCUCAUUUAUCAUGUAGAGAGACUUCAGACAACAACAGAAAACAACAACGUGGAGAAAAAUGACGGCCCAAAAUGAUUUAUUAUGAUGUUUACAAGAUGACCAACAUUAUUAAUUCAAUUAUGCAUUAAAAAAAGAAAAAUAUGAACGGAGACACAGAAUUAGGCCCUGGUUUACACACAGGGCAGCAAUGUAAAGCAUUUUACUACACAUCAGUCUUUUUGUGUGCGUGCAUGUUUGACUUUAAUUUAUUUUAAUUUUUUUCACUUUUUUGUGUGUGGAUAAAAAAAAAAA